UGAGUUACAAGUGAGUCAACGGAGUCUUGACAAGUCUUCAUUAAUUUUCUCAAGCAUAAAUAAUACAGUGGUGAGAGUAUGAUAAAAUAACACACCACUAUACACUAUGGAGUCGAUGUGUUUUGAAAACGGUAACCACAAUGGAACUGUCCUGGAAGAGAUGAAAGCCAUGUUUGAUGAGAUGCAGCUGGUUGACAUUGUGAUCUGUGUGCAGGAGUCCCGCUUUCCCUGCCACCGCACAGUUCUAGCUGCCACAAGUCCAUAUUUCAAAGCAAUGUUCACGACGAACUUGAACGAAAGUAAACAGCGACAGAUCAAGCUGUAUGAAGUGGACCCUAAAUCUGUGUCUCAGAUAAUAAACUAUGCAUACACAGGCAACUUGCAGAUCACUCGGGGUAAUGCCCAGAAUCUGCUGGCUGCAUCCACCUUAUUCCAGAUCUUACCAGUCCAGAAGGCUUGUGCCAAGUUCAUGGAGCUGCAGCUGGAUGUGAAUAACUGUGUUGGGAUACAUGAUUUUGCCAACAUUCAUAACUGUGAGGAGUUGAAGGUCAAAGCGAGGGAAUUCAUUGAGAAGAACUUCAGUGAAGUGUUCAAGGUGGAGGAGUUUCUGAACCUGCCCAGUGAUCGUAUUGCCGAGUUCCUGUCAUCAGAUGAACUGAAUGUGGAAAAGGAGGAAACCGUUUUCGAAGCAUUAAUUCUUUGGAUUUACUUUGACUUGGAAAACCGGAAAGAAUUCAUAGGCUGUUUGCUUCAUCAUGUGCGUCUCGGCCUCAUUCCAGUGAAAUACAUCGAGGACCACAUUGCCCAGAAUGCACUGGUGAAGAACUGUAAGAAAUGCUUGAUGCUACUGGAGAACAUGCGUGAAUUUGAAUACUGUCCCGAGACGUACAACGGUGAAAACAUUUUUACUCUGUCACUGAGGUCAGGGAUGAUACAGCCAGAAACUUGUGUUCUCUUUGUUGGAGGCUUGGUCCAGAGCAAACCAUCCAUAAACUGCUACAACCCUCUUACUCGUGAAACAUUCCUCAUGGAAACAUUCCCUCAGCUGGAAGAACGGUCUGGAUACUACUGUGUUGAAGAUCCCGCCGUUGUUGUUACAGAAGACAACAGCAUCUUUGUUGGUGGGGGAAACUACAUAUUCCAUGGUAACUACGGUGACACGCCAUCUGAUGAUUCAUUCGACGACUUCGAUGAUGAAGAAUUGGUGAGGAAGGACUUCUACCAGUAUGACAAUGACCACAACAAGUGGAUCAGCAAAGCUCCCAUGCUGUUUCCAAAGUCUAACUUCACGCUGGUGUAUCUCGACGAAAAGAUCUUCAGCUUUGGAGGACUGACCAUUAACCAGCAUCCUACAGAGAUUGUAGAAUGCUAUGACAUUGUCCACAACCGCUGGAACUAUGUUGGAAUGAUGCCGUGCACCUUGGUUGACCUCUGCACAUUGACUUACCGGUCAGACAUCUAUCUACUGGGAGGCAGGACUGGGGUCGGUGCUCAUAAUGUUGUGAUGAAGUUUGACCCACGUAAAUGCGAAUGGACGUCUCUUGCCGGAAUGCCGACACCAAGGUUCAACUUUGGUGCUCAGGUCAUCGAGGACGACAUCUAUGUGGCUGGGGGCCAGAUUUACUCUCACCUUACUCACACAAUCAACAGAGAGGCGCUGAAGUCUGUGGAGAUUUACAGCAUACAAGAAAACCAGUGGCGACAAGGCCCCGAGCUUCCUGAAGAGAUGUACAACGUGGGACUGAUGGUGAUCAGCGGUGCUCUGUAUGCAUGUGGCACCACUGAGUAUCAGCGGACUCCGUUCAGGAUAUACCGCUACAACGUGGUGUGCAAGCUCGAUCCAUGGAAAAAUGAAUGGGAGACCAUCGAGUCUGACCUCUGUGACAUUCGAAGCUAUGCCAGUGUAGCGGCCAAACUCCACACACGAAAACUUUCACAAGUGUUCCGACCUGAAGUAGAUACGUAAAUGUUUUGAAAACUUGCUUGUUAAGAAAUUAGGGGAAAGUACAAUAGAUUUAGGCCCCAUUUAUGUCCGUCACUUGCAUUCAUCUCAAGACUUGACACUUUUUUUUAAAGAAAGUGGGCCUUACCAUACAUGUAAGCUUCAAUGCCACACCUUGACAUGCCUUCAGUACACUGCAGUCAUGGGAAACCAUUGCAAAAGUUAUGUUAGUAAUGAGGCUUAUAAAUGUACAUGCAAUUAAUGCAUUUUGUAAAAGACAUGAGUAUUUGCCUUUGUUAAUGAAAUUUUAAUAAUCAUACGUAUAGUAUGUGAUUAGGUGAUUGUACUAAAAAUCUUUGAAAGUACAUGUAUGACCAAAUAGUGUUUCCACACUGCAUGUGGGAGAUGUGAAUGAUGCAGGUAACAUGGCAACAAAAGAAGCAAAAGCUUUUCAGUUUGAAAAUAAAGAAGAUCAAAGGAAGUCCGAGUUAAAAUUGCAUUCUUUGCUUUUUAACUGGUACAUUUUUAAUAUUUAAGCAUUGUUUGAUUCCACUGGUUCACCAUUUUGAGUAAAAGAUACAGGAUGGGGAAGAGCAGUUUUAAAAUAGAUUGUCUCUGCCAGACAUAAUUCAAUGCAUGGAAGUUUGGACGGAUUACUACCAGUAACAUUUUUAUACAACUUGUCGGGCUAGCUCUGAGUGUGCAAAACAUUUUGCCAAAUUAUGUCCAAAACUGCCAAAUUAUGUCUAAAACUGCCAAAUUUGGUAAAAAAACCUGCCAAAUUUGGUAAAAAAAACUGCCAAAUUUCUUCCAAAACAGCCAAAAUGUCUAAAACUGCCAAAUUAUGUCCAAAAUUGCAAAACUCUCAGUUAUUUUCCAACAGAUUUCAAUUAUUGCAUGCAUUUUUUUGUGCCAAAUUAAAAUAAACUUUGCCAUUUGUAUCUAAACUUCACAGUUGGCGAGUGGCAGAGCUAGCCCUGAGUUGCCACCUCAGUAGCAGGAUGGAAAAGAAAAUAUAAUAAUCACUUUUUUUUUUAUCAGCUUCUGCUUUUGAAGCUGAGAUGUGAUUUGGGAUUAAAAUGUGGACCAAUAAACUAUCAUCAGUAAUGAGCAAAAUUAAACUUUGUCUGUUGGAAAGGCAAUAGCCACUAUUAUUUUCACAUGUAUGAAUGUACACAAACACAUGCACACUGUGUGUCUCCUUGUAAACUCCGCUGAAUUAAUCACUUGCACUCAAGUGGCCUGCAUGCAGAAUGGAAAUACCUGAAUACCCUACAUGUACAUAUAAGGAGAAUAAUUAAAUAAAACCAAGGAAAAGUAAUGCAAUAGAAAACGGUUUAAUAUCCUUUACUUUUAUAUGUUAAUUAUGUGGUAGACUAUUUUAGCCUGGUUUGUUGAUGUAAACACAUAUAAUGCACCACACACUGAAUAUAAUAACUUAUUAGUAUGUACCGUACAUGUAAUAUGAUAAUUUUUUCAUUGAAGUAAACCCAUUUGCAUUUGUUUACAAACUUUCAUGUGAUUUGUCUGGUUGUUGUAUAUUUUCAAAGGUGACUUUAAAAGCACAUUGGAUAUCAAGUCCAGUUACAUGUAGGUCUGACAUUCUGGCCAUGGUGACAUUUAUUUCUAAAUAUAUACAGCUGAAUUUUCA